AGUCUGCGCUUGCGCAUUGGUAUUUGCGAUAAGGUCUAUUCACACACACGUCAAAUAAACAGGCACAACACCACACAGAGACACACCCGACACCAUGGCAAAUUUGCAAGGAAACACAAGUUCAACGGUGCAUCAGGAGUACCUCAGUGCUGCCGUCGAAAUUGCAAGAAAAGCAGGAGAGGAAAUUCGUACCACAUUCCAACUCAAAAAGACAAUUGAAAUCAAGAGUUCACCGGUCGACCUAGUGACCGAGACGGAUCAGAAAGUGGAGAAACUUAUCAUCUCCUUCCUUCAGAAUAAGUUCCCCGAUCACAGUUUUAUUGGUGAGGAGUCAACAGAAGCUGGAAGUCAUUGUGAACUAACAGAUAAUCCAACAUGGAUUAUUGACCCGGUGGAUGGAACUACAAACUUUGUCCAUUGCUUUCCAUUUGUGGCAGUCUCAAUCGGACUGUCAAUAAAUAAAGAGAAUAGCGUUGGUGUGAUCUAUAACCCAAUACUGGAUGAGAUGUUCACAGCAAUAAAAGGAGGCGGAGCGUUUUGCAACGACAAGCCCAUCAGCUGCUCAAAGCAAGAAGAUAUUUGUAAAUGUUUAGCCAUUGCUGAGGUGGGAAGCAGUCGCGAUAAAGCCCACGUCAAGACCAAGUUAGGUAACAUUGCUGCCGUCAUUGAUCGAGGGGCUCAUGGAUUACGAUCUCUAGGAUCAGCAGCCCUGAAUAUGUGUCAGGUAGCGAGGGGUGGAGGGGACGUUUACUUUGAGCAUGGUAUCCACUGCUGGGACAUGGCUGCUGGUGCUGUCAUCGUAACGGAGGCUGGUGGAACAGUCAUCGACCCAAAAGGUGGGCCGCUCGAUUUGAUGAAGCGAAAUGUAAUAGCAGCAAGUUCUCAACAACUAGCAGAAACUAUAUCAUCAUGUCUAACCCACAUAGAGUUCCCCAGGGACUAGUUACAAGUCUAGGGUAUUUUGUAUUAUACUGAAGGUGUAGCCAUUUAGUAAUUUAGCCCAGAAAAAAACAGACAACGAGUGCAUACUGUGGUAUGCAAUACCGGUGCCCGUGCAAACACAGGAGUUAUAGGUUAGCACGAUAUACUGAGUUUGAAAUCUGCCGAGCAUGAAAGAUUUUUGAGGAAUAUCUGACGUCCAAAAUCAGUACUGUCCAAAACCCACAGCUAGGAAAUGUAUGCGGCCAUGGAAUCUUAAAUGACACUAUUGGUAAUUGUCAAAGACCAGUCUUCUCACUUGGUGUAUCUCAACGUAUGCAUCAAAUCUGUGAAAU